AUGAAUCAAACAUUUAUUAAUUUAACAAAUUUACGAUCAGAUACAAAUUUAACAUUGUAUAGAGAAAAUAAUAUUGAAAUUUAUAGUGCAUUUUUUGUACAGACAACAAUAUGUAUUAUUGGAGCAAUAUUAAAUAUAAUAAAUGUAAUUGUAUUAAGUCAUAAACAAUUUGAAGCUACACCAUAUUUAUUUAUGACAGCAUUAUCUUUAACUGAUACUGGAAUAUUACUUGUUCAUUUACCAUCUGGUUGGGCAAGAUGUGGAACACAACUUCGAAUAUGUCAAACAGAAAUAUAUAAACAAUUUAGGGUUAUAUUGUUAUAUUACGUAACAUAUAUUGGAUUUGGAUUAGGGAAUAUACUUGAAGCUUCAUCUGUGUGGAUAACUGUGUUAAUAUCAGCGGAACGUUAUAUCAUUAUGAAAUGGCCACAUUUAGGCAAGUUAUAUUUUGCAAGAUAUCAAGGGAAAUGGCAAGUGUUUAUCACUGUAUGUAUAGCUGUAGUAUUUAAUUUUCCCUUAUUUUUUACAUUGAAAAUCAAUACUUCUGUUGUCCAAGGACCUAAUAAUACAAAGAGACAUUUUCAUUACAGUAAAUUAACAUGGUUUGGACAAUCACCAUACUAUCACACGUUUACAUGGAUACGGUUUAUCUGUGUUCAAUGUAUUCCAUUGAUUACAUUGUGCAUCGUUAAUUUUAUGCUUCUACGUUUGACAUGGUCUAGUUAUCAUAACCAGAAAGCACAUCAAUUAAGUCAACAAAGUUAUAUGAGACGUUUAUCGCUUCCAAUGACAUCAGGGAUUGAUGAAAAUAAUGAGACUUGUUGCCAAAGUGUAAAUGAUAUACCUUAUAAUUUACAAAUAAAACCUCAAGCAAUCUCCAAUUUCACAAAUCAAGUAACAAUUUCAAAAGAUAUUGUUGACAACACUACAAUAUAUAGAAAUAACAGUCCAACUCCAACAAAGCGUAUUUCUUUAAGAAACAGACGGUUGGAACGUUCACAGCAAGCAAAUAACAAAUUGUCAAUAUUAUUAAUGACUGUGAUAUUUUUAUUUAUUAUCGGUCAGAUUCCUCAAGCUUUAGCGUAUGUGCAUAUCUUGGAAUUGAUUGUACCAAGAUCUUGCAUAAAAUGUCGACCAUAUUCAGCUCUCUAUAAACAUUUUAGUCAGCUGUUAUGUUUAAUUACAUCAACAACUAAUUUCUUUUUAUAUGUUGGUUUGAAUAGAAACUUUCGUGAAUGUCUGACUGGAUUAUGUCAUACAAGAAGCAAAGACAAAAUUUUUAAACGUUGAAUAGAAUUUCACUGGAAAAUAACAUGAAUCCAAUUCAUUGAAUUUUCAUUGUAUGUACAUUUCAUAUUUUGUUCACUUAUCUGAAUGUCUUUACGCCCUUUAUUUUUUGUAAAAAUCUAUUCGGUUUGUAUGAGCUAAGGCUAUUUUGUCUGGUGAAUAUUUAAAUAUUGUACAAAAAGAUUCGAAUAAUAAUAUUUUGUAUCAUACAUUUCAGAUAAUUACUGUUCUGAAAGAUUUUUAAUCUUAAAUAUACCUCACUAAUUUUCUUCAGUAUUGAUCUUGGAUUUUAAGCAAAUCACGUUAUAUAACUUCCUGGCUAUUGUCUAAUUACAUCAACCGAUCGUAUCAACAGCAAUACUGAUUUAUGAGAACAAUCGGAUUAGUUGUCGUUUUUUAUUUGAAGUUACAAAAGUUCAACAACAACUGAAGUUUAUUCUGUAUUUUCUAAUGUUUUCACCAAAUGUCAUUCAAAAAUUGCAGUUUGAAUGUUUUUAUAGUUCUGUAUGUAACAUUUUGUGCUUAAUAGUCUAUUUUUUGAAAAUAUGAGAAACAAGAUCAAAAAUAUAACAUGUCAGUACCGACUUCA